GUGUGUCAGUGUGUGCCUGUUUGUGUGUGUGAGUGAGUCAGUGUGUGCGUGUGUGUGUGUAUGUCAGUGUGUGUCAGUGUGGUGUGUGUGCCUGUGCGUGUGUGUGUGUAUCAGUGUGCGUGUGUCAGUGUGUGCGUGUGUCUACGAGAGAGAGAGAACACAAACAGUGGGAGUGGAGGAGCGGAGGAGUGCGGUGAAGCCCAGGCAGGACUGGGCAGCUCUCAGCCCGUCUCCCUGCUCGGAGACACUGGGUGGGGCAGAGUCAGAGUGAGGUGUCACUGGAGAUCCGUCAUCAACCACAAAAACAAAGCAGCCAUCAUAACAGACACAUGACCUCACUCGCAGCCCUCUGGCUUGCUUUCUUUCCUUCUUUCCUUCUUUCUGUGUUUGCUUCUCUCCUCUCCUCUCAAGUGUCGCUCUUUCUCUCCUCUUCUCUCCCGCACUGUCAGAGUGCUACACUGCGCUGCACAGAUGAUCUGAUCAGACAUGACUUCUCAUUAAUCCCUCCAUGGAAACCUGGCUCAGCUGCAGGGCUCCCAUCUCGAGGUGUGUCCCAGACGAGAGGCAACUUGCAGCAGUGAAGAGUUACUGAAGCUGAACUGAGUCACGCAGACCAGCGUUUGGGCUCUAGUGCCUUCAUAAGAGUUAUUAUUAAGAUGAAGCUAGAAGAGACCGAGUCAAGCAGACCAGCGUUUGGGCUCCAGAGCCUUCAUCAGAGCUACUGAAACUGAACUGAGUCAAGCAGACCAGCGUUUGGGCUCUAGUGCCUUCAUCAGAGUUACUGAAGCUGAGCUGAGUCAAACAGACCAGCGUUUGAGCUCUAGUGCCUUCAUCAGAGUUACUGAAACUGAACUGAGUCAAGCAGACCAGCGUUUGGGCUCCAGAGCCUUCAUCAGAGCUACUGAAACUGAACUGAGUCAAGCAGACCAGCGUUUGGGCUCCAGAGCCUUCAUCAGAGCUACUGAAACUGAACUGAGUCAAGCAGACCAGCGUUUGGGCUCCAGAGCCUUCAUCAGAGCUACUGAAACUGAACUGAGUCAAGCAGACCAGCGUUUGGGCUCCAGAGCCUUCAUCAGAGCUACUGAAACUGAACUGAGUCAAGCAGACCAGUGUCUGGGCUCCAGUGCCUUCAUCAGUGCUAUUGAAACUGAAGCAUGUGUUAUUAUUGAGCACGUGUUAUUACUGAGAUGAAGCUGGAAGAGAUGGCUGGUUCCUGCACUCCCUGCCCCCUCACAGGAACGAGCUGUGGGAUGAUUAGGAAGCAGGAGGACGUGUGACGAGAUACCAGCAGAGGGGAGGAGAGCAAUUCAACUCACCGGUGUGUCACCACCCGGACUGCCAGGCGCUGAACAGCCACACCCCCCUGAACCUGUGUGAGUCAUGUGACUCCCGCUGUCACCGCGAGCAACCUGGAGACAGCAUGCACUACGACAGACACCCCUGCUUCCACCUGCAGCCACAAGGUUCGAUCCUGGAGCGAAACGUGUCGACGCGGUCCUGCCCCACCCGCACCAGCCCCCCCCCUGACCUGGAGGAGGAGGAGGAGGGGGAGGGGGGAGGCGACACUGGCAAGGGGGAUCGCAAAAGCGCAGCUUUGAAGCUGAACAAAAAAAAACCACGACGGAGACACACUGAUGAUCCCAGGAAGGAGUGCUUCACUCUGAAGUUCGACCUGAAUGUGGACAUCGAGUCUGAGAUCGUCCCUGCCAUGAAGAAGAAGACACUCAGGGAGGUUCUGUGCCCUGUGUUCGAGAGGAAGGGGAUUGAGCUGGGGAAGGUGGAUCUGUUCCUUGACCAGUCCAACACGCCGCUGUCUCUUGGGUUCGAGGCGUACAGAUUCGGGGGGCACUACCUCAAGAUCAGAGCCAAGCCCGGGGACGAGGUGAAGGUGGAGAAGGCUGUGAAGGAAUUCCACUCGCUCAGUCUGCCCAGCAUGAGGGGCUCCUCCGGACCACCCCCCCACAUCGUGUCCCCCGCCAGCGAGACGACAGAGCCGGGACAGCCAGGACGGAGGGACAGCACCGAGGUCAUGGCCCAGACACGCAGGAGGAAGAACAUCACAGAGUUCCUGGGUGACUCCAGCAUCCCGCCCCCCGACUCCCUGCCCCAGCAUAGCGCCUCUCUGCCCAGCAGCGCGGGAUUGGGGGCUCUGGGGACCCCGGGGGGGUCCGGGGCAGAGAGGAGGAAGAACAAAGCGGCCAGCAGGUUCAGCGGCUUCUUUGGAGCUGCGGCCGGAGCGGGACCCUUCAACAAGGAGCUGGACCGCAUGGAGCUGCUGCAGAGCAAGCUGCACACCUACACCACGCUGGGGCUGCCCAAGAUGCCGGCCCAGCUGCUCUUCCAUCAGGACUCCUGGGAGGAGGAGGAGGAGGAGGAGGAGCCCGGCCUGCCCCUGGAGGAGUCCUGGCAGCAGCUCAUCGACGCCCCACAGGCGCUGAGCAUGAAACAGUCCCACCAGCAGGAGGCGAUCUGGGAGCUGCUUCAGACUGAGGCCCUCUACAUCAAGAAGCUCCGAGUCAUCACUGACCUGUUCUUGUGCUCCCUGCUGAGCCUGCAGGAGUCGGGGCUCCUGCUCGAGGUGCAGCCCGAGCGGCUCUUCAGCAACAUCCAGGAGAUCCUGCAGCUGCACCGCACACUGUGGAGGGAGGUGAUGGCACCGCUGCUGGAGAGAGCGCGCCAGGAACGGAGCCUGCUCAACCCUGACCAGCUGCACAGCGGCUUCAACACGUUUGGCUCACGGUUCAAGCCCUAUACCCGGUACUGCAUGCAGCAGGAGGGCUGCAUGGACUACGUGAGGAGUCUGCUGAGAGACAACGAGCUGUUCAGGACAUUCGUCACGUGGGCAGAGACUCACAAGCAGUGUAACCGGCUCAAGCUGACAGACAUGCUGGUGAAGCCACACCAGCGCCUCACCAAGUACCCGCUGCUGCUGAAGAGCGUGCUGAAGAAAACAGACGAGCCAGAGAGCCGAGACGCCAUCAGCAGCAUGGUGGGCUCGGUCGAGUGCUUCAUUAACCAGGUGAACUCGAGGAUGCGUCAGCGGCAGGAUAAGCAGAGGCUGGAGGCCGUCACAGGGAGGAUCGACUUAUCCGAGGUGGUGGAGGGGAGCAGCGACGAGGUCGAGAAGAUCCUGCGUGGUUUCUACCGCUUCGAACUCACCAUGCCCAUGAGGGGCACCUCCCCAGACGAGAGCCGGCAACUGCACCUGGAGGGGGCACUGCGCAUGAAGGAGGGCAAAGACAGCAAGAUGGAUGUGUACUGCUUCCUGUUCACUGACCUCCUCCUCAUCACCAAGCCGCUGAAGCGUGCCGAGCGAGCCAAGGUGAUCCGGCAGCCCCUGCUGGUGGAGAACAUCGUGUGCCGGGAGCUCAGGGACCCCGGAUCCUUCCUGCUGAUCUACCUGAAUGAGUUCCAGAGCGCUGUGGCAGCGUACUCCUUCCAGGCCAGCAGCCAGGCGCUGAGCCGGGGCUGGAUAGAGGCUCUCAGCAACGCACAGACCCUGCUGGAGCGGCUGCGUGUUGAGGAGGUGCAGAGGGGGGAGGAGGAGGAGGGGAAGGGAGGGGACCCCGAGAGCGGGGUCUCCACAGCCAGCUCCCCCAGUCCGCCGCGCAGGAACCAGCAGGACUCCCAGCACAGCUCGACGGAGACGAUCCUGGUGGAUGUACGGGACGCGAGCAGCGAGGCUUUAUCAUCGUCCCCCGAAUCGGAGCGGAGGGGUCCCUUCAGCUCCCCUUCCGAGGGGGAGACGGCGUCGCUGAGCACCAACUCCAUCUCCUCCGAGACCCCCACACUCGCACACAGCCCCGCGCAGGAGGUGGAGGAGGAGGGGGAGGGCAGCCCGGCCACGCAGGGGUCCAGACCAGCCAGUCGGAGUCUCUCCGUUCCCACAGCCAGCUGCCUCCGCUCGCCCUCCAUCGACAGCGCCUACGGGACCCUCUCCCCCGCCUCUCUGAUGAGGAGGAGAGAGGAGGAAGGAGAGACCGAAGAAGAGGAGGGGGAGAGCAGGGCCUCCAAUCGCCCCCAGAAAGUCAGACCCUCCUCUUCCUCUUCGUCGACGUCUUCCUCCUCCUCCACCCGCCUCUGCCGCCAGCCCCCGGUCCAGUCUCGAACCCUGUGUCAGCGGCCCGGCCCCCUGCAGUCCAAAUCGGAGGCCAGCCUGCUGGAGCUGGCGUCCCGAAACAGGCUGCAGCAGAGCGGAGGGGGAGGGGGAGGGGGAGGGGGAGGGGGAGGGAUGGAAGAAGGAAGCGUCCUGAGCAAGAGUCUGUCCCAGCUGUGCCAAACUGAAACGCGAACGCAGCCUGUUUUCUAUCAGGCGGAGGAGGAGGAGGAGGAGGAGGAGGAGGAAGGGGGUCGGUGUAAGCACUGUGGCAGGACCAGCAGGGUGGCAGACACCCUAAAACGGGGGCAGAGGGGAGGUAAAGCUCUGGGCAGCAGCUGUAGCAACAGCAGCAGCGGCUCGGAGCUCUCGGAGGGAGAGGCCGGGGAAACAGCGCACCACGCAGCCCGACAGGAGCAGUGCAGCUGCCUUUGCACACGGGGUGAUGUCACAGCCCCCAGCCCCACCCACAACCCACACAGCCAAUCCCUGAGCGAGCACGCUGGCGGCGGUGUUGCCGUAGAGACCGGAGUGGCCCAGCAGACCCAGCACAAGAAGCUGACCCUGGCCCAGCUGUACAGGAUCCGGACCUCGCUGGUUCUGAACUCCACGCUCACAGCCUCGGAGGUGUAGCUUCGGGCGCCUCGGGCUCCGGCUGGGAAGCUGCUCCAGGGAACGGCGAGCGAUCCUGCCGCGUCUCCGAGGCUUCAAGAGGAACUCGAGUGGAGGGAGACGCAGUUUGCAGUGGGACUUGUUCAGCGACACAAAUGCACUCCAAUAGGGGAGGAAAAUUUACCCUGCCCCCCCUUUUUUCCUUUUAAUACCAAAAAUACUUUGUAUGUGUGUGUGUGUGAGGCACAGCCAUGACUUUAUUAUUAUUAUUAUUAUAACAACAGUAAUAAUAUAAAUAAGACUUCUCUUCAUUUUUUGCACUUUGUGACAUUAAGGAGUUUAAAGGACCUGUGUGAGGGGAUACAAAAACAGAUGAAAGAGAGAAAGAAAGAGAGAGAGAAAGAAAGAAAGAAGGAAUGAAAUACAAAAACCUCUCUGAUUUGGGCCUGCCUUUCGAGAUCAGGCCGCUGUGGUAAUCUGAGGACAGACAGAGAAGAGACGGACGGACGGACUAAGGGAGAGAAGGAGAGUGAAAAUCACACUUCACCAGCAGCAGGUUCUUGCUUUCAAACUAACCACUGCAGGACUUUGUGUUUAAAUGUAAUUGCACUGUGGAAGCAAACGCAAGACAGCAGAACUGCAUCGUCUGAAUUUCCUGCCGUUGAAAAGAGAGAAAUGUUUAAAAAAAAAAAAAAUGUUCUUAAUUUUUUUCUGGAUAUCAAUUAGCAGCAAAAAAAAAUUAAAAUAACGCACUCCCUUUGUUUCCAGUCCAAAGCUUUGUUCUUGGGACUUGAAGGUCCGUGGCUGGCAAUAAUCACGCAAUCGUACGAUGUGCAGUUAAGAGGCAUGGCUGAAACAUUUGUCUAAUUGUAGCAUCCGGCUCGGUUUCUAAUGCUACGGGUUUGGCAGCCAGGACUGGGGUAUUGUAUUCUUUAGAAAUGAUGCCACCCCCUCCACGCAGGAACUGAUUCUUUCCAGAAAACUAAAAUGAAAAACUGUCCUUCCAAACUAAUCUGACCUCCUGUGGGACACCAGGUCUGUUUCUGGAGUCAGGGCUCCAUCAGCCAGCAUCUGUAUACUAAUGUUAAACACCAGCUAGUGAUCUGCCACCUGGCAUCAAAUUCCUUUGGUUUGCGUGCCUACCACAGCCAGCUCCGCCUCGGACAAGCGUUUCGCAUCACCUACAGUUGUAGGAUUGAGACAAUCUUUUAACGCAUUUGAUAAACCACUCAGGGUGACUGCAAGCAAUCAAUGAAAGACAUUUUAAUCGGGAGCUUCCUGCAGAGGGAGGGAGUGCAGCCCCUGGAACAGCUCCCACACUGGCAAUGGAAACACAGUUUCAUUGUCUACUGAACACAGAAGAGAUUAUUAUGAACUCACAAAAAAGCCUUUUCUUUUAUUAAUAUGCUUGUUGGUAUUAUGUUGCCUAAAAGCUAAUAGUUUGAUUCAUGUCUUAACAAUUUAAUUAAAAUGUCGUAUUUAUUAAACUCAAUGUGUUUAUUUUAUAAAAAGA